AUGAUUCAAGUUCAUGGUGUUGGCGAUGGGAAUGCACCCGCAUAUGAUACCGAAAAAGAUGCGGCCUUAGCGGUUGUUGGCGAUGUAGCACAGGAUAUUGAUCCAAUCAUCGCCAAAAGGGUGCUGCGCAAAAUUGAUCUUUAUUUUAUGCCGGCCAUGCUGAUAGGCUACGGUAUUGUCUAUUGGGAUAAGGCCAUUCUAGGCAGUGCAAGUCUCUUUGGAAUGACUACCGAUUUGGCAUUGAAAGUGGUGGACUAUUCAACAUCCCCAGAGACGGUUGAUACUUCACGUCUCAGCUGGGCAACCUCGAUUUUCUAUUUCGGAAUGCUGGUUGGAUUGUAUCCUAUGACACUGAUCUUGCAGAAAUUCAACCUGCGCUAUGUAUUUGGUCCGGUUGUUCUGCUCUGGGCUGUUACUUGUGCAGCAACUGCCGGUGUGACAUCCUGGCGAGGACUCUUCGUCCAGCGAUUCUUCCUUGGUGUCAUUGAAAGUGUCAUUCCCACCGGUUUCAUGACCAUCGUUAGUGGCUACUACACUCAGGAAGAGCAAACUAUGCGACAAGCUUGGUGGUUCUCCGGUGUGGGUUGGUUCACAAUUAUUGGCAGUGCACUAAACUACGGGUUUGGUCAAAUCACUGCGGGAGCUUUAAAGAGCUGGCAGUAUAUCUACAUCUUUGCCGGUGCACUCACAUUUUUGUUCGGACUUUGGUGCUGUGCCAUGCCCAAUUCCCCAGUCACUGCCUGGUUUCUUACUCCUGAAGAACGUCUGGUUGCUGUGGAACGCCUUCGCAAGGGUCAGACAGGAGUUCGAUGCCAGCAGAUUAAAUUGAGCCAGGUCAAAGAAUCCAUCACCGAUCCCAAGAUCUACCUGGUUGCACUGAUGAUGGCAUCUGCGUACACUAUCAAUGGAGCUAUCUCUGGAUUUGGACCCUUGAUCGUUUCAACCUUCGGCUACGACACCCUCGACUCAAUUUUGUUCCAAUUCCCCGUCGGCGGAAUUUGUCUCAUUUUCAUUCCUCUCUGCGGAUAUAUCCCCACUGUCAUCCCCAACACGCGCAUUCCAAUGCUUAUCACAUGCUGUCUCCCUGUCAUCGCCGGCUGUGUCAUGAUCUGGAAGUCCCAAUGGGGACAUCACCCCGCUACCCCAGUCGUUGGAUAUGCACUCACUGGUUUCUUUGGACCGGUUGUCAGCUUAAUUAUUACCAUUGGCGCUAGCAAUGUUGCUGGGGCUACCAAGAAGACCAUCAUGGCCGCUACCACAUUCGUGGCCUACACGGUUGGAAACAUCAUUGGUCCUCAGCUCAUCAAAAGCAACACUAAGGAUCAGCAUUACCCCGAGCUAUGGGAGGGAAUGAUCAUUUGCUACUGCAUCACCAUCGCUGCGGCUGUUGCUUUAUACUACUUGCUGUGGAAGGAAAACAGAGCGCGCGAGAACCUCGAGUUGGACGAAGUUUUACGGGAUAAGAUCGCUUUUGACGAUCUCACGGAUAAGGAAAAUCCGUUCUUUAGAUACGUUCUUUAA